AUGGCCCAAGGUACCAACAUCCAGUAUGAGCGAGUGGCAGAGAUCGGCGGUGGUGCGUAUGGGACUGUUUAUAAGGCCCGUGAUAUGGAGAGUGGUCAAUUUGUGGCUCUAAAAAGCGUGCGGGUCCAGACAGACCAUAAUGGCAUCCCCAUUUCCACGGUCAGAGAGGUGGCUCUGUUAAAGCGACUAGAGCAGUUUGACCACCCCAACGUGGUCAGGCUCAUGGAUGUAUGUGCUACAAAGAGGUCGGACCAGGAGACUAAAGUCACGUUAGUCUUUGAACAUGUGGACCAAGAUCUCAAGACAUAUUUGGAGAAAGCCCCAGCACCAGGGUUGGGUCCUGAACGCAUAAAAGACUUGAUGAAACAGCUAAUGUGUGGUCUGGCAUUCCUGCACUCAAACCGUGUGAUGCACAGAGACCUGAAACCAGAAAAUAUCUUGGUAACCAGCCAGGGUCAGGUGAAACUGGCUGACUUCGGACUGGCACGCAUGUACAGCUGCCACAUGGCGCUCACUCCCGUGGUGGUGACGCUGUGGUAUCGGCCUCCUGAGGUUUUGCUGCAGUCUAGCUAUGCCACACCUGUGGACAUCUGGAGCGCCGGCUGCAUCUUUGCGGAAAUGUUCAGACGCAAACCCUUGUUCUGUGGUGAAUCCGAAGUGGACCAACUAGGGAAAAUCUUUGAAGUGAUUGGUCUGCCACCAGACGAGGAGUGGCCCACUGGUGUUACACUGUCAAGAAAACACUUCCCCACUUUCUCAGCUCGCCCAAUAACUGACUUUGUGCCAGAGAUAAACGAGCAGGGGGGACAAUUGCUGCUGGAUAUGUUAACCUUUGACCCUUCUGAUCGAAUAUCUGCCCUGAAUGCACUAGAUCAUCCAUAUUUCUGCAAUGAGGAGAUAUUGACUGACACAAUAAACUGA